AUGCCCGGGGCCCCCGCGCCAGCCAAGACCGCCAAGGACGCGGAGGCGGAAGAAGCGGCGGCGGCCGCCGCCAGGUUCCCCAAUAGCACCAGCCGAUCCAGCAGCACCAGCAGCACGCCCACGUCCGGGGGCGCUACCCCCAGCGCCUUCAGCCGCGGGGGCGCCGGCGCUGCUGGGCGGAAGAAGGAGGAGGAGGAGGGCAGGCCGCGGCACAGAGUCCCGGGGGCGAAGAAGCCCUCCGCGUCUUCCGCCACUGGUUCCGCCGGUGGCGCAGGGGGAGGCGCGGACCGUGGGGGGGACGACGAGCUGCUGCGGACGGUUUCUGGCGCGUCCACCGAUUCGUCUAAGGGCAGGGGUAGGCGCGCAGCCGCGCACGGGGAAGGAGGGGAGGAGGGGCGCGCGGGGCGGACGAAGGGCGGCGGGCUGGUGGAACACGCGGAGGGGAUGGAGGGGCAUGAUCAGGACGAGGACGCCCACAAAAAGAAGAAGGACGCCAAGCGCUCUGCACGGGUGAGAGCCCUCCCCCAUACACCCUCAACUCUCCCCUCCCCCAUACACCCUCAACUCUCCCCUCCCCCAUACACCCUCAACUCUCCCCUCCCCCAUACACCCUCAACUCUCCCCUCCCACACACACCCUCGCCUUUUGCUCCCACCGCCUGCAACCUUCUCUUAUGUUCGACACGUCUCAAGCAACCCAACCCCCUCGUCCACCCCUCCACCCCCACCCCCUUUCCCCAGCCCUCCCACUCCCCCUCCCACUCCCCCUCCCACUCCCCCUCCCACUCCCCCUCCCACUCCCCCUCCCACUCCCCCUCCCACUCCCCCUCCCACUCCCCCUCCCACUCCUCCUCCCACUCCCCCUCGCACUCCCCCUCGCACUCCCCCUCCCACUCCCCCUCCCACUCCCCCUCCCACUCCCCCUCCCACUCCCCCUCCCACUCCCCCUCCCACUCCCCCUCCCACUCCCCCUCCCACUCCCCCUCCCACUCCCCCUCCCACUCCCCCUCCCACUCCCCCUCCCACUCCCCCUCCCACUCCCCCUCCCACUCCCCCUCCCACUCCCCCUCGCACUCCCCCUCCCACUCCCCCUCCCACUCCCCCUCCCACUCCCCCUCCCACUCCCCCUCCCACUCCCCCUCCCACUCCCCCUCCCACUCCCCCUCCCACUCCCCCUCCCACUCCCCCUCCCACUCCCCUCCCACUCCCCCUCCCACUCCCCCUCCCACUCCCCCUCCCACUCCCCCUCUCACUCCCCCUCCCACUCCCCCUCCCACUCCCCCUCCCACUCCCCCUCCCACUCCCCCUCCCACUCCCCCUCCCACUCCCCCUCCUACUCUCCUCCCUCUUCGGGUUUUCGUUCACGUGCCCAUUUCUAAACUUGAAUUCCUCCCUUGCCACUCGCUCCGCUUGUUCCUCGGUCACCUCCUUCCUUCCUUUCUGUUUUUCCUGCCUUUCGUCCCUCGUUGCCCCUUGUCACUCCUCCUCCCCCGCACGCACCGCCCCCCUGCUCUCCAUCCUCCGUUUCUCUUUCUCUCCUCGCAUUCGCUCCUGUUCGGUCUAUCCUCCCUCGCCCCUCUGCUCACGCAUCUUCCUUUUCUCCUUCUCGCGUCUCCUCUUUCCGUCCCGUCUGCCCGCGCCCCGUCCCCUUCGCCCCUGUCGCCUCUGCCCGCUCCUCCCCUCCCGCCCCUCGCGCCAGAAGGAAGCGCUGGAGGAGAUGCGCGCGGAGGUGGAGCAGCUGCGGGAGCAGCUGAGGGACGCGGGGGAGAAGGCCAAGGACGCGGACGACAGGGCGCGCGAGGAGGCGCGGAAGCGGCAGUACGUAGAGGCGGUUAUGGCGGAGCUUGAAGAGCAGAUGCAGGCGGAAACAGGCAAGCGGGAAGCCGCGGAGAAAGCGCUCAAAGAGGCGCGGCGGAAGCUGGAGCGCGCGGAGGGGGACGCGGAGGGCGCGGAGGGGAAGGAGAGGCGGGGCGGAGCGGGGGGAGAGGUGGCGGAGCUUGAGGAGCGGUUGGAUGAGGCGGAGAGGCGUUGGGAGGAGGAGAGGGAUCGGGCUUUGGAGCUAGAGCAGGAGUUACAGAUGGUAGAUGAGGAGAUGAAACUAGAGAGAGAGUCUAUGAGGGAAAGUAUGGCUGCUUAUGCUAAGGGUAUGGAGGAUCUAGCGACUCAAGCUGAGGAUGAUUUCAGGCGGCAGAUUGACGAUUUGAAGGAUGACCUGGAACGCGCGAAUGCUGAGCUGGACGCGGUUAGGGAUGAGCUGGACAGGGCGAAUGGUGAGGUGGAAAGAGGGAGGGAUGAGCUGGAGAAGGGGAGGGAUGAGGUGGAGGGCAUGCGCGCGCGGGUGGAGGAGGCGGAGCGGACGGCGCAGGCUGCUGUGCGGAAGGUGCUGGAGGAGAAGGGGAGAAGGGAGGAGGCGGAGAGGGAGGCGGAGGAGUGGCGGAAGAAGGCGGAGAGCAGUGGGGGCGGAGAAGGGGGGUCUGGGGGAAGCAAAGAAGCGGGGGAAAAGAGCGAGAAGAGUGAGGAGGAAGGGGGGAAGGGAGGGGCGGGAAGGAUUGUGGAGUUGGAGGGUGAACUAGAGGACCUAAGGGACAGGAUAGAGGCGGCAGAAGCGCAGAAGGCGAAUCUGCUGGAGCGCUGGGAGGAGGGCGAGCAGCGCAGGCAGGCAGCAGAGCAGCAGCGCGACCAGGCGGAGGCAGCGCGGAGGGAGCUCGAGGCGCAGGUGAUUGAGCUCGAGGCGCAGGUGGUGCAGCAGAGGGCGCAGGUGGAGGAGGCGGAGGGGCGGCAGCGGACGCUCGAGGCGCAGGUGGCGGAGCUCGAGGCGCAGGUGGUGGAGCUGGGCGCGCAGGUGGGGGUGCAGCGGGAGAGGGCGGGGGAGGCGGAAGCGGAAACAAGGGCGCUGAAAGCGCAACUGGCGGAGCUGGAAACGCAGCUGGGGGCGCGGCGGACGCUCGAGGCGCAGGUGACUGAGCUAAAAGCCCAAGUGGCGGAGCUGGAAACGCAGGUGGGGGCGGAGCGGGCGAAGGCGGAGGAGCUGGAGAUUCAGCUGGGGGCGCAGCGGGCGAAAGCGGAGGAGGCAGAGCGAGCAAUGGGGGAACUCGACUCGAAGCUGGGGCAGCAGAGGGAGAGGGGCGGGGAGGCGGAAGGGGAGGUGAAGGAACUAGAGGCCAAAUUAGGCCAGCAGAGGGAACGCGCGGAGGCUGCAGAGAGAGAGCUUGAAGAGGUUAGAUCCGAGCUUGGGCAGGUGGGACAGCUGAGGGAACAGGUAGAAGAGGCAGAGAGAGAGGUCAGGGAGCUGGAGGGGAAGCUGGAGCGGCAGAGGGUGCGGGCGGAAGAGGCGGAGGGGGCGGCGAGGCGGGUGGCGGAGGAGAUGGGGGCGGAACUGGCGGGCAUGCGCGAGCGGAUGGUGGAGUACGUGAUGGGGCGCAAGACCGCGGAGCACAGGGAGAGAGAGGCGAGCGCGCGGGGGGAGGAGGAGAGGGGGAGACGGGAGGAGGCGGAGAAGCGAGUGAGGGAGCUGGAGGAGGAGGUGCAGCGAGGGAGGGAGGCGGAGGAGAGGGUGAGGGAGCUGGAAGAGAGUGUGGCGCGAGGGGUGGUUGUGGGGGCGAGUGUGGGUGGGAGUGUGGGGGGGAUGGUUGAAGGGGGGAGUGCGGAUGUGGGGAAAGAGGGUGAAGAGAAGCAGGAUGCGGAGGGGAAGGGGGCGGAGGGGGUCGCGAGAGGAGAGGCGGGGGAAUCGGAGUCGGAGCUGGAAGAUUUGAGGGCGAAAUGCGCCCAGGCGCUGAGGCAACUGGAGAAUGCAGUGGAGGUGCAGUCUUCCUUAGAGCAAUUAGAGGAUGCAGUGGAGGUGCAGUCUUCCUUAGAGCAGGAGCUAGACCACCUGUACCUGGAGCUGCAGCACGAGCAGGAGCGCACCCCCAUUUCCUCCCCCUCUCCGCCCUUUUCAUUCUGCAGGCAAUUAGAGGAUGCAGUGGAGGUGCAGUCUUCCUUAGAGCAGGAGCUAGACCACCUGUACCUGGAGCUGCAGCACGAGCAGGAGCUGUCCACCGUCCCACCCACCCUCACUUCCUCCCCGCCUCCCCUCCUUUCACUCUGCAGGCAACUGGAGGACACAGCAGAGGUGCAGUCUUCCUUGGAGCAGGAGCUAGACCACCUGUAUUUGGAGCUACAGCACGAGCAGGAGCUGUCAACGGAGGUAGCGCUGGUGGCGGAGGAGGAGUGGCGGGGGCGCCAGGAGGCCCUGCGCGCGCUGGCAGAGGCGCACAGGCAGCUUGAAGCUCUCGGCGCUCUCGGGAGCGACGCUGCUGCCGCCGCCGCCGCCGCUGCUGCCAGCGCUGGCACUUCUGCUGCUGGUGCUGCUGGCGCGUCUGGUGCUUUCUCAGCUGCUGGUGGUGCUGGUGGUGCAGGCGGGGAAUAUGAGGGGCCUGUCAUGGCGGAGAGGCAGGACAGCUGGGCGAGGCGGAGGGCAGGGGAGGCGCCCUUGCUGCCUCCGCGCCCCAAGCUCCCUGCUUCUGCUGACAGCCCCGGAGGAGAUACCUCUGCUGCUGCCGAAAAGUCAGGCAGAUUUUCACAGCCACAGCCACAGCAGGGCGAGAACAGGGUCGAGGGCAGGGCAUCGGGCGGGUUGGGGCUGGAGCGCACGUCCUCAGACAUGCUGUCGUACGUGCACGGCGCGUCGGAGCUGCUCAAGGGGCUGGCGCGGCCGGACGAGGGCGUGAGCAUGGGCAUCAAGCUGCUCGCGCUCAAAAAGGGCCUCUCCUACAGCCGCGCCGUCUCCGAGUCUCUGCGCACUGAUGCUGGCGUGGGAGCCGGCGGGUCGGGCGAAGCAGGGAGUGUGACUCCUCCUGGUGGGAGCAGUGAGGCUGGAGGGGUAGCAGGAGGGGCAGGGGCUGGGCCGGCAGGAGCAGCAUCGGCAAGGGUGGGGGCGCCGGCAGGGCUACCAGCGCCAGCAGCAGCCACACACGCGUCUGCCAAGGCGGGGCGAAUCAGUCGCUCCGCCUCGCGGCGGCUGAGCGUGUCGCUGCUCUCCCCGCGCUCGGCGGUGCAGCAGCGGUGGGAGCAGCUCUCAGCGUCGCUCAUAGCAGAGCGUGAGGCGCACUCGGCGUCAGGGCCCGCCAGGUGGGGCCCCUGGCUGCACGGCCGCGGGCCCUGGUGGCCCUCUGUUUCUCCUGGCGUCCCAGGUGUUUCUCCAGGUGUUUUCCCAGGUGCUCCAGGGGUUUCGCCAGGUGGUUUGGCGGCGGGAGCGGGCGUGGGCCGGGGAGAAGCAGGGGAUGUAGCAGCAGGGGCGGCAGCAGGUGGGCAGUCAGGGCGGCAUCGGUUGGCGUUUGUGCAUGUGAUGCUACAGCUGUCUCUGCACCAAGAUGAGGGUACUGGGACAGCUGCAUCAGCAGUACAGGCAGCAGAUAAGGCAGCAGAGACUUCAGGCGAGGAGGGGGAGGGGGCGCUGGUGGUGGCGAUGCAGGAUGGCAUGGCAUCUCCCAUGGUGCGGGAUGGCAGGGCGGGCGGCAGGAGGGCCGUGGACAAGCGCGUGGAGGCGCAGAGGGCAGCAGUGGAAGCCAAGGAGGCGGAGUUAGCGCACGUGAUGCAGCAGCUCAGGACUGUCGACUCGCGCAUCGAGCAGCUGCUCUCUGCAGAGCCGCCCUCCCCUCCCCGUGCUGCUUCCACUCAGAGUGGAGGCCUGUUUGCAGCAACCGGUUCUCUCUUCUCCUCUAUGAUGCCGCGUGCUGCCACCACCACUCUGCCUCAUGCCUCCAAAGCUUCUGCUGUGGCCAAACCCUCGCCCCAGCCUCUUCAGUUCGCACAGCUGCUCUCGCUCUCCCUCACCCCUACUGCGACCGUUCAGUCCGUUAAAAGUAGCAGCAUUACCACCACCACCAGUGCCACCACCAGCGCCACCACCACCGGCAGCAACACCACGGCACCGCAGCCAACCCAGGCCGCUGCCCUCCCUGCCCCACACCCUGUCGACCUGCCAGCUCAGCAUCUGCCACCUCAGCACGCACCAGCGCAGCAACAACCUCUGGUCGUGGAACUUCAGCCACUCAACGUGCCACAUCAGCAGCAGCACCACCAGCCCCAGGAUUUUACUCCAUACGGGCAGCCCGGGCAGGUCCCUGUGCAGCAAGAAACUUUCUACAGGCAGGACGAGCCAGCAUACCCGGACGCAGGAUACAGGUCCGGACACAGGCUCGGGCACGGGUCGUCCGGCGGAGGUUCGCCAAGGUCAGGUUCGGGAGGGCUAGACCCAGGCUCGCCCUAUUCGGACGACUACCCGCCUUCUCUUCAAGCCGUAGAUCUGAGGUCGCCUGGGGGGCCCAUGGAUAUGUCUCCCGAUUCCAUGGGGGGCUAUGAGGGGCAGGGCGGGUUCGGAUUCGGAGGGUUUGGGCUUAUGACAGACAUCCCUUGA